AUGCCGUGGUUCGGAAUGCUCGGGCAGCAGGCCUCCUCCCAGAGCCUAGUGCGGUGGAGGCGACUGUCGCCGCCUCUCGUCCUACGCCCGAGACGCGGCGCACAUAUGGCGCAGACGUCGGCGGCGACGCGCCGCUGUCUUGCGGAUCCGCGACGUCCUUGUCUGGGAGCCAACUGGAGGUGUGGUGGUUUGGGAUGUCAUUUCUUCGAGGACGGCGCGAUCUUGCUGAGCGACGCAGUGCCCUUGGAGGCGGUGGAUGCCCUGCGACACCAGCUGAAGAUAGGGCCCGCUCCCAGGCCAGUGAGGGAGGUUCCCACACGUGAAGUGCUUGCGCUCACUGCCAGCACCACGCCACCACAGGAGCCAUCCACUGGACGACGUCACUUCCUGUUGCGGGGCACCGUCCUUGCGGAGGAGUCCUUGGUGCCCUUACUGGCCCCCUUGAUGCCACUUGUCCUCCGCUUCUUCGAGGAGUUCCGUCCGGAUGCCGCGCCCGGGCGACUGCUGCAGGGGGCGAUUGGUGCGGAGGAGCGCCCUCCCCGCCUCUUUCUCUCCGAGUGCCAGCUUCUCAUCUCGGACCCUGGCGCGGUACCUCAGAUGUGGCACCGAGAUAACCUCAUGCCUGGCUUGACCAUCGUCCUUCCAGUCUCUGAGGUGACGAGUGAGCUUGGACCCACCGAGUUGCUUCCGGGCACGCAGCAUCUUCUUAGAGGUGCUGGGGGACUGGGGAGCUGCUUCCGAAGCCUGGGCCGCGCGGGGGGCGCCCUUGCGCCGGCGCCGCUGCGGCCAGGAGAGGCGCUGCUCUUCGACGCCAGGCUGCUCCACCGCGGCUUGGGGAAUCGGUCGUAUUCCAACUGCCGUGUUGUGGUCGUGAUGCGCUUGGACAUGCUGGACACGACGCCACCGGGCGCGACAGUGGCCCAGACCACUGUGGCCAGGAUCUUUGGCAAGCUCCUUCAGGGGCUAAGCUACGCUUACGGCUUCUUGCCUGUCCCGGCAGCGGCGACCACGUUCGACAAGUAG